AUGAGAGAGUCUAGGUAUGAUAAUAGCAAUAAAUUUGACUUGCAGCCAACUACUGUUGGUUCAUUUUCUAAAUUCCCUUCGUCAAACUUGUUUAGUCCAAGUGAUGCUUCAUAGGCUAUGCUAUUUAAUAAUGGAGAAAAUUUCUAGAAAUCUAAUCAAAUAUAAAUUGAUGAUUCAAUCCAGAAAAGAGUGAAAACAGCUGCGAAUAUUUAUUCUAAUAUGCUCAAUCAGAAUUAGAAUAUUGUGCUUCUAUCAAAGAAGGUUAAAAAUAGAGUCUACACCAAUCACAUUCUGAAUCUUGCUAAUUCAAAUUCUAAUAUGACAUAGAGAAUAGCUCCUAAUAGUGCAACAUCUUGUGGAUUUUAAACUACAAAACCACAAAAGCGUAGACAUAUAUCAUUUUCAAAUUUCUAAUAAGCUUAAACAAAGCCCUCUUAUCUUGAUGUACCUUUAGAUGACUAUGAAAAUUUUAUUUAACACCUAGAAGUUUAGUUAUAAAAGGUCUAAUGUGAUAAAGAAAUAAGCUAAGAUGAAAAUCUAUCAACGAAUAAUGAUAAAAGAUAAGCAAGGCCCCUUCCAUAUGAAUAAGAAUAAUCACGCCUGAUAAAAAAUUAGAAGGAGAGACUACGACAACAUCUACAAAAGAGAAUCGAAAAGCUAUCCUAGAUUAAAGAUAAGAUCAUUUAAGAUAAAAAAGAGGUUAUUCAAUCAACUGAGAAAAGCAUUGUUGAGUAGUUACAUUUCCAGAAGGAAAGAGAAGUAGAUGCAGAUAUAGACUAUCAUAUGAAAUUUAACAAGAACAACUUGAAUAAACAAUUAGUAGACAUGGAAUAAGACAUUAACUAAUAGUACUUACUCAAAGUGGUGAGACCGGUUGAGGCAACUAUUGCUAAUUUUUAAAAAGCUUUCAGAAGGUAAAAGUAAUUAAGAAAAUUUGGCUAAAUUAUGGAGAGAGUCAUUAUUCUUAAGAAUUUCGUAAAGAAAUUUGUGCAUAUGGAAUUGAAAUACCAGUGUCAAGGAACCUUCAUUAUAUUAAAAAGAUUAUGCGAAUUAAAAUACGAGAGGAAAAAAAGAUUUGAAAAAAAAAUCAAAAGAAUAAACUGGAUAAAUGAGAGACAAGUCCAGAAACUGAUAGUAAAUCAUGUUAGAUAUACAGUUAUAACAGGGAUUCUAAACAGAUUCUACAACAAAUUUGUUAUUGAUGUAAAAAAUGAAAAGAUUAAUUAUCCUGGUAAACCUCAGAUAAAUGAAAAAUAAUCAAAAAAUGGCUUUCACUUUUUAAAUCAAGUUCAGGCAGUUACUCGUGGAAACACCAAGAUGAAAAGUGGAUUGACUCAGCUUGAAAAUAAAUUGAAUAAGAGUUAAAUGGCGUAGGGAAAAAAUAAUCCUAAUUCAGAACAAUUGCUAUAAACCCCAUUACCCAAGUUUGCUUUUGUUAGCUCAAAUCUAUAGGAAGAAUUAAGCAAAUUGAGAUCCUAGAGAUCACCUUAGCCAAAGAUGAAUUAGACUAGAAUAGAGGUUAGGAAACUUGGCUCCACAGAUAACAUAAUUUCUUAGCAUCAUCUCGAAAACAGUGAGAUCUCUACUUUGUCACAUCAAUUCAGUAUGGUUAGAGAAUUUCAUUCUAGGGAAGGCUAAUUUAAUCAUGCCCUAACUCAAUUAGGUAUUUAAUAAAGAAUGACCUAGUUGAAUUAGCCAAUAGUACUACAAAGUUAGCACCAUAUGUUCUUCUUAUAGUUUCUAAAAUGCCUUAAACAUGUUGAAAUUAGCAGAUAAGGAAUUGAAAAGAGAAGUAUGCUCUAGCAGAAAACAGAACAGAGAAAAGCAUAAAUGGCUAGAGCGUAACAGCAAAAGAAAUUGUAGAUUUAAUAGUAAUAAUAGGAGUAGUAGUUAAAGAAGUAAUUACACGAGUAACAAUUAUAGUAAUCAUUACUUCCAUUAAGACCUCUAGUUAAAAUCUCAAGUAUAAGAACAAAUCAUGGAAAAAGUGUUCAUCAUCCACUUCCCUAACUAUCUGCAAGAAACUCUGUGGGUUCAUCUCAUCAUAAAAUAUAGAUAAGUGAAAAGUAAAGUGAGUGUUUCAAAUUUAUGCAAGCUAUGUUUAAUGAGAGCUAAGAAUUUCCAAUGAGGUCUAAAAAGUUAGCAUUGUGCUUACAAGGUGAAUCUGAGCUGAUUUCCAAGAUAGAUCUAGAUUCUAUAUCUUCAAAGAAUUAUAACGAGCUAUUGAGUCAUAGAGAGAGUACUAUAAAUAUUUCAGAGAGAAAAAGACAAUAGCAGCUCUAUUAAAAUACAACUCCCCAGACAAACUAGAAUAUUGAAAUUUUCAACAGUAUUACUGGUGGGUAAUAGAUUAUUAGAAUCGAUAGUGAUAAUGUAUAAAUAAAUUUUAUGAAUGGCUAGGCUCAAAGAGCAAGAAAUACUUUUAAUAAUGACACAGGAGUCUAGAACAGGACUUUUCAAUCUGGAUUUAAUGGUAUCACAGGAACCAGACAUAGUUUGGGAUCUAAUAACUAUGACCAGAUAGAAUUAGAUCACAAGUAUGGAUCAAAAUUAAGGAAAGUGGAUAGUGUAGAUGGGGAGGAUAGUCCAAUUAUGAUUUAAAAAUUGUGA